AUGGCCCUCCAAACGAGUUCCGUCGCAGAGAAAGCCGUUGAGAUAGCGUCCGCAAAGAAACCUAUAAUUUGUGCACAGUACGCAAAGGAUGGCGAGAGACUGAAUGAAUCUCCGGCGCUCAUCUUUACUCACGGUGCUGGGGGGACAAUUAAAGCUGACGCCGUCGUCAACUUUGCAAAGGGUUUCGCUACUCUAUCACCCAUAUUAACCUUCCAAGGGACUAUGAAUCUCAAAGCCCGCACUACUGCCUUUACUGCGGUCAGUGAAGAUCAGAACUUCUUCAAAUGCUUUGGUGGACGAAGCAUGGGCGCACGUGCGGCCGUUCUCGCUUCUAUUGAGCGGACUACUCAUUUAGUGCUCGUAAGCUAUCCGCUUCAUACCGACAAGGACGUGCGAGACCAGAUACUACUUGAUCUAUCAGCAGACAAGAAAACCAUUUUCGUCAGCGGAGAUCGUGAUAGCAUGUGUGAUAUAGACAGAUUGCAAGAAAUCCGAGACAAGAUGAAAGCCAAGUCUUGGUUAUGUCUAGUCGAGGGUGCUGAUCACAGCAUGAGCGUGAAACCCAAAUCUGCCUCUGCAAGCAUCGUGAGUAAGACCGGGGAGAUCGUUGCCAAGUGGCUAGAUCAUCUAGACGAGAAAACGACUGAAGGGCGUCUUUCAUGGAAUGCUGAGGAAGGAGAAGUGCGGUGGAGUGGCUGGUCAUCCGGAAAGUCUGACAACGAGCGUACGAAAGAUGAUCGCACGCAGAAGGAACCUACCACCAGAAAACGAAAGCAGCAGGAUCCGCCAGUUCGUAACGCUAAAAGACAGUCCAAGGGGAUGGGACGUCGAAAGAAACUACUCAUGCGCAUCUUGCUUUCUUUCCGCCAGCGCAAAAGUAUGGGUGGUCUGACAGAAGUCAUCGAGAAACGCAAGCGACAGCGACUCUCCUCAUAUCAAAUUUCUUGCGCGCUGCAAUGCCUACUCCUUAUGCCUGUGCUGUACGAAGUCGCUGGAACUCUGUAUGUACUUACUUUAGACAAGAAACAAGGGGCGGUAGAUCGUGGUAUUGUCUUCGCUUGUACGACAGUGAGUAGCAUACAUGCAGACUUCCAGAGCGUUGAGACAUGGCUGACAAAGGUCAUGUAG